AAGUUUCUUAUCUCCCACCAUUCCCAUUUCUUAUCUCUCUCAUACGCAAAACAGUGCUUUGUAACCUUAUAGUUUUAUGGGCAGAAAAUCCCUAUCAUUUCUCUGUUCAUCUUUUCUCAGAGUCGUCUAUCAACCAAAGUCCUCUUUUCACUCUUCCUCCUCCUCCUAUCAACAGAAAGCUUAGCAUUUUAGUCACCAGAGGGAGGUUUUUUUUCACACUUAGAUCCUUUGUUACGCCUAAACUUCUCUAAAUGGAUCGCAUCUUCACCAGUUCUGCUCUUCACAUCACUCUCAUUUUGCUCACAAUCUGCAAAGGGCUAUCAGGGGCUACAUUUACAUUCAUAAACAGAUGUGGCUACACAGUGUGGCCAGGCAUUCUAUCCAAUGCAGGCAGCACUCCAUUGGAAAGCACAGGAUUUGAACUUCCACAAGGUGGAUCACGAUCCUUCCAGGCACCUCCAAAUUGGUCAGGUCGGUUCUGGGGCAGAACGGGUUGCACAUUUGACCCAAAUACCGGUCAGGGUACCUGCCUAACAGGUGAUUGCAGCUCAAACCAAAUUGAAUGCAAUGGUAAAAAUGCAAACCCACCAGCCACUCUAGCAGAAUUCACAGUCGGAUCAGGUGUACUGGAUUUUUACGAUGUUAGUUUAGUUGACGGAUACAAUCUACCCAUGAUCGUCGAACCGAAUGGCGGGUCAGGUAGUUGCUUGUCGACCGGGUGUGUAACAGAUAUGAACCAGCAAUGCCCAACUGAAUUACGGGCCGAUUCAGGGCAGGCCUGUAAGAGUGCAUGUGAAGCCUUUGGGAGUCCAGAGUACUGUUGCAGCGGCGCGUAUGGAUCACCGGACACAUGUAAGCCGUCGGUUUAUUCAGAGAUGUUUAAGGCCGCGUGUCCGAGAUCAUAUAGCUAUGCUUAUGAUGAUGCCACUAGCACAUUUACAUGUACAGGAGCAGAUUAUGUUAUCACAUUCUGCCCUUCAUUAACAAGUCAAAAAUCUGCAAGAGGCAAUUCUCCACCAGCAAGCACAACAAAUGGGUCUGAGACAGUAUCGGGCGAUGGGCCAGUAGGAAUGGACACUUCAUGGCUGCCAAACUUUCUCAGUGGGGACUCGCCAAAUGCCCUAUCUUGUUCUGUUUGGCAAUUUACCUUGAUUCUUUCUACAAUUUCCUGUCUUCUCCUCUCUUUGGUUCAUUAAUAGCCUCAAUUUUGGACAAAAGCACAUAGAACUUAAGUGGUCGCUCGAAACUCGUUUUGCAUUGGAUGAAAGGGCUGAUUAAAUCCAGAUUGUAAAGUCAAUUUUCCAGACUGCAUGUAUAGAAAGUUUAAAUAUUUCCUUUUUC